CCUCGCUUUAUUUUGCUUUUCUCCUUUGUUUUCCAGUUAUAUGAAAAACCACGGAGCCACCAUGAGUGGAGUAUUGAAAAGGAAGUAUGAAGAGCUGGGGGAUGACAGUACCUACUGCUCCUCCUCCUCCUGCUCCCCCCUCUCCUCCUCGGCAUCCUCGGGCUGGGAGUCGGACGAGGAGAGCUCCCACGGAGAGCCCAAGCCCAGCUCUGCCUUAACGCCCAGCUUUACCCCCACGUCUAUCCUGAAGAAAUCCAAGCGACUAAAGAAGAACAAUGUGGAGUUUGACCGGGUCACUGUGUUUUACUUCCCACGCUGCCAGGGGUUCACGAGCGUGCCUAGUCGUGGGGGCUGUACCCUGGGGAUGGUGAGCAAACACAGCUCCUCCCGGCAGUUCACGCUAGCCGAGUUUUCAAAGGAACAGGAAAACGUUCGUCGGGAGAAACUGGGAGAGAAAUUAAAGGAGGAGAAGUUGGAAGCGUUGAAAUGGAAACUAACCAUGAACGGCACGAAGGAGUCAGAGGAGGCCAACCAGCUCACCAUUGAGGACAUCUCCGACGACGACAUCGACGUCAGCAACGUGGACCUGGAGGACGGCUUCUUCCUCCAGCCCUACCCUGCCAAGAAGAGGCGGGCCCUGCUGAAAGCCGUGGGGGUGAAGAAGAUCGACAAGGAGGAGAAGAGGGAGCUGCACAACAUCCGCCUGUCCCGGGAGGACUGCGGCUGCGACUGCCGGGAGGUCUGCGACCCGGAGACCUGCAGCUGCAGCUUGGCUGGAAUUAAAUGUCAGAUGGAUCACACUUCCUUCCCCUGCGGCUGCACCAAGGACGGCUGCGGCAACACCGAGGGCAGGAUCGAGUUCAACCAGGCCCGCGUGCAGACCCACUUCAUCCACACCAUCAUGAAGCUGGAGCUGGAGAAGCAGCAGCAGCAGCAGAGCAGCGAGAAGGUGGCAGAGGCUGAGCCCCCUUUUCGGGAGCGGCUGUCGCCCUUGGGAUGUGCAACGGGGAAGGGCUCCCUGGAGGAGCGUGCGGUGCCGCUGGCACCCGCCUUCCAGUUCAGCCCCGACCUGGAAGCCCUGGGGGAGAACAGCUGCAGCAGCGACAUGACGGACUCCUCCAUCUCCUCCCACCCCAGCGAGGACCUGGAGGAACCCUACGAGAGCCUCCCCUCCGACAAAUCCCAGUCGGACGUGGACGACGACGGCCUGGCGCGCAUCCUCCACUUCAACGACUCGGAUGCCGAGGAAGAGAGCGGCCGUGGCCAGGAUGACCUGAGCUGCUUCCACCACGCCGAUUUCUUCAUCGAGGACCACAGCAGCGAGGCCAAGCCUGUCCCCAGCCACUUGUCCCACCUCUCUGAGUGCCUGGAUGAGAACGCCAACCAGGACGGCGGGGGUUUGCUGGAGGACGCUGCCCACGCGCGGUGCGAUGGGCUGUCCUGCUGCGCCUCCUCCCCGGCCGAGCCCUGCUCCAAGAGCUACGCCGACCUCAGCCUUUCCUCUGACUCCUUGGAUUUCUUCCAGUCCUUCUCGGACUAUAACUUGGGACCCCUUUACAACUCCUUAAAGGAGUACGAGAACCUCGAUAACUUCUCAGCGUUACAGUUUCAGUUGCCUAAUUUCCCCGGCUUCCCUCAAGCUGGAGAUCAGGGCUCCUGUUUGUUGGAGUCCCUCAUCGGUUUGUCCGAAUCCGUCCCUGAAACCCCGGCCCCUUUCACAGACAAUCAACUUUUGGAGGAUGCCAUCAAGUCGUCCCUGAUGGAGACGGUUAAAGUGUGAAAUGCCCGUGUGGCUCGGACAGCAAGGACUAGUGCUGAAAGAAAAAACCAAGGAACAGUUGGAUGGGCAAACUUUCACUGAAAGGAUGAUGCGCUACUCAAAAAAUAAGGAGGAAAAAAAAAAACAAAACAAAAAAACCCCCGACUUUCUAAGCAAACAAACUAUUUUUGGUCUUUAUAGAACGUGGACGUUUUGACAUACUGCACCUACAAUCAGUUCUCUCCCUGUUUGUGCAAAAAUUUCUAAACUUUCGUGACGGGGUGGGGUGGGGAGGGAGGGCAAAAGACUUUCACGUAUGAAUUUCCUUGUGUUUUGUAUGAAAAGACCUGUCGAGAAAUACUCCUCGCUAACGUUGCCAGUCGUACACGCAGCCCCUUCUAGAAACGUUUCAGUGUUGCAGGAGCUUUUUAAGACAACUUUUUGAAGCUGUAUUUAUUGUGAAAAUCCAUGGUUUACGUAAGAGUUUGCCCGACAUACUCUUACGUUUAAAUCGGACAAGGUUUACAGAAGAGAUCCAUACACUAUAUACAUAAUCAUUCUUCAUCUAUUUAUUGCAAAUUCCAGAAUUUAACUAGCCACCGAAGCUUGAACUAGCAUGAAACCUUAUUUAAAUUGGUAAUACCUCAGAUGUAUUAUGUGUACAAUCAUAUUUUUUUGCAUAAUAUAUCUGUAUUUAUUUAUUUUCUACCUGUAGUACGUGAAUAGCACUGUGGUUUCUCAAUGACCUGGAAGGGCAAUAAGGUCUUCAGCAGCACCUGUCCUAAAGGUGACCCUGGUUUCUCUGAGUCUGAAAGGUGUUGGCUGUUUGGUCUUCGCUUUGCAUCUCUAGAGGAGCCAAAUGCAAGCGGGUGGGUGGUGAGGGACGGUGGGGACACAUUGGUGCAGCAUCCUUUGGUCACCAUCGGCCCUCCAGUAGACACAAUGAUGGUGUCCCAUCUCCAUGAAACAAGCAAAGCCCUCAACUAUUCAAGAAAUGACACCAACUAGCUCUAUUUAAACAAACAAACAAACCCAACCCAAGCCCUUUUCAUAAAUUAUUUUAUAAUUUAUUUAAUUUCCUGAGGAUUUGGCCAUGAGAUCUUUCAUGAUCAGUUAUGGUGCCUGACUAUGCAGAGGAACCGUUGAGUGUAAUGAGAAGGACCUUUGCAGUCCUGGGUGGGGGAGCUUCGGGAGAGCCAACGCUGUGCUCAUGCUCCCCAGCAAGUGCUCCUCAGGGCUCCCCAACGUUGAAGGUGUCGCAGCUCCAAAAUCUAGUGGGUCAGACUGUUUAUACUAUUAUUUUUAAAUAUAGGUAAAUCAGGUCAAUCAAGUAAAAUAGAUGAAUAUGAAGGUUACUGGGUUAUUUAUCCUUUGAGUACGGUUUUAGAGGGAAGAAAAAAUAAUGCCUGAAAACAAAGCUGAAAAAUUCAAAGGCUUUUGUUUUUUAAAAAGAGAAGAAUCAUGUUUUGGGGGCCCUCUUGGCAUUUUACUACUUAAGUCAGUCUGAGAACAUGACACUAUUUGGCCAUGUGAUGUAACUGGACAUAAAACCUGUACGUCAGUGAUACACUAAGUGCCUACGCCAGUGGUAUGGAAAAAAAAAACAAACACAAAAGGACUUUAAAACCUACCAGCUUUAAAUUGCCCUUUGGGAAACGUGACAUUUGGUGAUGGGAGUGAUUCCUGGCAUUACUGGCACUGGGGGAAGGCGACAGCUCUGGCACCCCAGCCCUGCAGCCCCAGGAGCGGGGUGCUGGUGGGAGCUCCCAGGGGGUGCAGAGACACCCAGGUGGGGGAGGAAAAUACCUAAAAUACGGAUUUGAAGAUUUUUCCAUUGGCUGAACUGUUCAUAGGACGGGGAUGGUGCUCUUUGGUACCUGCUGUCCCACCAGCACCUGAUGCAAACCCGCCGGCGAUUUAGGAAACUUCUGGCGUACGAAUAUGGCAAAGGCUGGGGUUUGGGGUAUUAUUUUAUUUUUUUUUAAUAUUAUUAUUAAUAUUUAAUUGUACAUCUUCUCUGGUAUUGAGCCGGUCAACUCGGAAGCGGAGCUGACCCUCCGUGGCUGUGAGGGGGUGCUCGCCCCCUGCAUCCUCCCGCAGAGCAUCAUCCUGGGGUCCUCCCCGCCCGGCAGGAGGGCGACUGGAGGAAUACUACUGGCAGAUGGAGGAUUUCCUGGAUUACAUAUAUAUUAUUAUAUUAUUAUUAUUAUUAUUAUUUUUGUUGUUGUCGUCGUCGUUUCUUUAGACCGAAAAAUCCCCUUCAGUUAUCUCCUAGGUGGUAGUUUCUAUCCUUCAGACUGCAUCAAAAAUACUGACAGUUGAAAGUCUGGUACCGUUCUGUAUUUAUUGGCACUAAUAUAUUUUAUAACAUUCCUAGGUUUCUCUGCAUAUAUAUAUAUUUAUAUAUAUAAAAUAUAUACAUAUAUUUUAUAUAUAUAUACACACACUUUUUUAAAAUGAAAGACAGGGAUGGACUCCUGCCUUUGUGGAUUUUUUUUCUAUAAUUUAUUCUUUUUAUUUGUGUUGGUGCCAAAAAAGAAAAAAAAAGAUUUUUUUCUUUUUUUUUUUCCCCCAGGGCACUGAAUUGUAAAUAUACAAUUUUUUUUUUUUUUUUUCUUCUCGGUAUCUGUGUAAAAAGUUGCCUGUUAAACAGUUUAAAAACUGGGUAUUUAUUGACACAAUCUGUAAUUAUCUAAUGUAUUGAUUGAAACGCUUUGGUUUCAACAUAGCUUUAUUUUAGCUUUCUUUGUGUAUAUAUUGUGAUUAUGUUGCUUAAAGGUACAAGUUAAAAAAAAUGCUUUAUUUUUACCUUAUCCAUUUGCAUUUGUUUAUAAAAAAGCAUAUUUGUCUACAGCUGCUGUCUCUCAUUUCAUCAAAGCAAUAUGAAGAAAUUUCCAUUACACUUUCAAUAAAAGAAUUUUGUUUGAA